AUGGGCUUCGUUGAUCGUGGCGGGGGGCGGGAGGCCAAAGGCUCUAGCUUGCGUCGGUCAAAGAAAAACCCUGGGGCCCCCUCCAGCAGGAACCAGUGUCUGCACAAGAAUUUUAUUCUACCACCCACACGUUCUACACCCCUCCCACCGCCCGCUUGUACAACGAUAAUUUCCAACAUGAUAGCAUAUGCACGUCGUCAAGCCACCUGUAGCUCUAUUUCGGCAAUAACAUCAUCUUCAAUAUCGGUUCUCGCUGAGCAUGAGGAGGUUCCGCAGACACAAACCGCCAGGACAUUGGAUAGGGCGUCGCAGUUGGUCGACGCCGUCGGGUCAUUCAAUAAGUCUCUCAACGUGUCAGGUAUCCCUCAAGAGGAUGAAGUCGCGAUGCUUAUUAGAAUGACUGGUGUGGAUCACGGUGUGUUGCCAAUUCAACGACACAUCGACGCUUCAACUGCAAUUCUUUCAAGAAAGCUUCAAUUUGACCAAGCGGGCCUGUUCCGCCGAGCUGCAGAAGAAGGCAACGUCAGCACGGUGCUGUGCUGGUGUGCAGAGCAAGAGCGGCAGCCAAUGCUUGUGGAAAUGUGCAAGGAGCACAACAAACUUCUCCUUUCAGACACACUACAGCUACAUGAUCGCGUGAGCUUUAAAAACAAAAAAGGAAAGAAGGUUUCUUUUAGCGAAGAUAAUCGAGAUACGGAUCAACAUAAAAAAAAUAUCGACUCUGGUGUCGAUAGGAGAAACUCACAGAAACACGCCGCCUUAACGACACCAGAUGGAGUUGUACUCUAUUGCCUAGUUGGCGUACAUCCCAACAACACAGACAGUAUGAAGCUCAAGUUGCAGGAAAAAUGGGUUGAAGAGGUCCGUGACUACGCCAAAAAUGCUGAGGUUCUUGGAAUUCUUUCUGGGCUUGACUUGAGUCGUGGAAGCGACUCCCACUAUGCACAGGAGUGGAUGCUUCGACAGUCUUGGUGGGUGGCAGGUGAACUGAAACUACCACUGGUACUUUUCCUCGAUAGCAAAACGUCAGAAGGACUUAUUCGGACCGGGCAACGCGUGGCUGUGCUACUGGAUGAACUUAUUCAAAGCAGCUCAUUUGAGGCAAACACCGUCAUGUGCGUAGGCACCUCGAACAGGGGGCCGCUAGCUGAGGAUAGCGCAUGCACAGCAUCCUCCUACAGAGCUCCUGUGGCGGUGGUGUUGCACAAUGGACUGAAGGUACUGGCAUGUUCUGAAGACAUGCGCAAGUGGGUUUCUAGACACCAACCAGAAAGCCCCCAAGCUGUUGUUUUGAGACACGCAGAGCAAAAAGGCACGUCUACCCGCAUUCCCAUAUUGCCAGCCUAUGUGAUAGUAACGGUGGAAGGGCUAAAUUUUGCUUCCGACGGGCUUUAUGAAACAGAAAAGGAUACGACAGGUGAUUAUGUCGACGUUUGGGCUAAGCUUUUGCCACAAUUAUGUGCUACCGCACGCGGGACAUGUUCUAGUCCCGCCGAGAGUACCACAAUUAAGCAGGAAGACCGCCUGAGUUGGACUCAGCUUCUCAUUGGUACCGCCUCUCCAUGGUGCACACCACAGAAUCUACCAGAUAAGGACCUAUGCACACUUCCGAAUGAACCAGGACAUUAUCUGUACGUUGUUCGUACUCUUUACGAAGCGAUGAAAAGAGAGUAUGAGAAGGAAGUCAGAGAUACACCAUCUCGGGCGGAUUGCACCGAAAUCUCGCUUGUGUCACACGAAACUUUAGCAGACCUAGUACUAUGCAACGCAUUGUGGGUUUUCUUUGCCGACUAUAUCGCGGAAGCACUCUUGAAGGAUGGCCAGACGGAUGGGUGCUGUAGCGGUCAUACCCCCAUUGACGUCAACGAACACCAUGUGGGCCCGUCUUCGACACGAAAGAAAGAGUGUCCAAAGGGUCCUUUUAAGGGUGUAGGGAAAGUGUAUGUUUGCACCAAGUGUCAAAGUCCGCUACUAGAUCACCCUGGUUAUGAGAUUAGACAGAGCUCAUUUGAGAACUCCUCUUUCGGAGAAAACCAAGCAACACAGGCUAAGGCGCUUGAGCUGGAUGAUGGAAAUCAAGUGUCUCACAAUGUACCGCUUCAGCUUCAUGUUUUUCCUGCCAUUUCGACAGAUAAAAAUUGCUCUUACAAUGGUGGGGGUCACCAAUUCGAUGCUUUACUUCUACGUGGAAGGCUUCUUUAUUGCUGUCACUGUGGUACUCGAGUGGGAGGAGUGAAUGAGGGCGAGGAGGGUGACGCACCAUCGGGUCGUACAAUUCAGGCGCACCUCACUGAAGUGGAACUAGUCACUUGUGAACAUCACACACGCGAUACCUCGACAGAGAUAAAUUCCAAUUAUAAUCCAGUUGAGAAAGAGGAAGAGCACGUUUGGUACACGUCGAAGGCACAGUGUGUGAUCAAAAGGUGCGAGAACGAAGAAAAAGAUACGGACAGCUUCGAAGCCUUGCUGGAGCAAGCCACUCGUGAACGGGAAGAACUCGAGCGCGAGCGCGCAGAAGCAGAAACACACCUGGAUGACUCCAAGGCUUCAAAGAAGCGCAAGACGGGAAAGAAAAAUGUUAAGGCGAACAAUAAAUCAAAUUUUACGCACUUCCGAAACAAAGACUUUACACCGCGUUCGGUUAGGGAGAAGGAAAGGGAAAGAGAACCAGGUAAGGCUACGCAAGAUAAUUCUCACCGUGACGUCCGAAACGAUUCUGCACAAUAUUCUUUGGAGCGCGAUUUACACAUUGAGAAAACUACGACAAUGUUGUCUUCUGCUGCUUCAUCGCAUGGCGAGACUGCUUUUGAAGAAGAACAACGAAUCAUGCGGAGGGAUUCUCUAGUGAAGGAAGAAAUGAGCGCAAAUAAUACUGGGGCAUCGUCUUUUAUUGCGCUUUCGCGCAGGCAGCGGAAAAAGGAAAAGAAACACAAGCAAUAUCAAGUCAAAGCUACUGGCCACAACAAUGAUGGCUCGGAAAGUGAUGAAUGUGGGAAUUAG